AGGUCUGAACAUUACUAUGGCUGAACAAAAGUACGAAGGAGCCGAUUUGUCGGACCUGUUUUCGAGAAGAGGAGACUCUGCGCCCACCGGUCAGCCGUCAAGUGUGUACGGAGAGGAGCAGCAACAACGACCAGCAUGGAUGAAACUGGAGAAGAAUAAGCUCUACGAUAAGUAUGGAACCAAGCAAACCACCAGGGAAGAUACCAGAGAUGAUCGGUAUAGUAAAUACGGGGUGCAAGAUAACAAACGGGUUAGACGAGAGGAGGAAGAGGAGGAAUUGAAACGACAAAAAAUCGAUUAUCAAACAUUUCAAAGCCGAAUUGAUAAAGAAAAAGAUAUUAAUAGUAUAGUGAGAAGUCACUAUAAUCAGCGAACCUAUCAAUCCAAAUUACAAGGAUCGCGAACCAAAUCCCCCAUAUAUAAAUUGAGAAAUUUCAAUAACGCCAUUAAAUAUAUUAUGUUGGGGAAUUUUUUCCCAACUAAACGAGAAGCAGGACCCCGAACAGUACUUGAUCUAUGUUGUGGUAAAGGAGGAGAUUUGAAUAAGUGUGAAUUUAUAUCAGUUGAUCAAUAUAUUGGGAUAGACAUAUCCGAUGCAUCGAUUAGUGAAGCUUUUAGCAGGUAUCUGCAGAAUCGGGCCAGAUUUAUACCGCAAAAUGAAGAAAGUAAAAAGCAAAGAAAUAGUAAAAAAUAUAAUUUUGAAGCUUGUUUUGCUACUGGAGAUUGUUUUACUAAUAGCAUUCCGGAGAUCUUAGAGCCUAAUUUCCCCGGAAUAAUAGAAAACAUGUUCCCGGUUGACUGUGUUAGUAUUCAAUUUGCAAUGCAUUAUGCAUUUGAAACCGAAGAAAAAGUUAAAACCCUAUUAAAUAAUAUUACUAAAUCACUAAAACCGGGAGGUACAUUUGUGGGAACAAUACCUUCUUCGGACUUUAUCAAAGAUAAAAUAUUGAAAAAAAAUUUUAUUGACGGGGAAACAGGUUGCAAAUUUGGUAAUAAAUUGUAUUCGGUUACAUUUGAAAAGCCGCCACCUGCCGAUGGUAUUUUCAGGCCUCCAUUCGGCAAUAAAUACGUGUAUUAUUUGAAGGAUGCAAUUGAUGCGAUUCCCGAAUACGUGGUUCCCUUUGAAUACUUUAGAUCUUUAUGUGAAGAUUUUGGUUUAGUAUUAAAGUAUAAAAAGAAUUUCAUUGAUAUUUUCAAUCAAGAAAUCCCCAAGUAUUUCAGUAAGUUGAAUAAGAACUUAGUAGAAGGAAUGAAGAGAAGUGAUGGGAAAUACGGCGCAGAAGGUGACGAAAAGGAAGCAGUUGGAUUCUACAUUGGUUUCGUAUUCGAAAAACUUGGUUAAACCCUGAAAAUAAGUAAAUAAGAUAAAGACAACAACCAAAACCAAAAAAAAAUAAUUAAAAAAAAU